ACUCUUUAUGCUUUGACAAUUUUGUAAUGGCAAUACAUAGUGAUUCAAGUAAUACUGCAAUUGUUCCUUUUGUUCUUAAACAAGAUAAUUGUGAAGAUUGGAGAAUUUACGUUGAAGACUAUCUAUUAGCUCAAGAUCUUCGGGGCAUCCUCGAAUCUAGGAAAAAUAUUUGAUUUGGUUUCUUCUUCGGAUGGUGUAGGAAAUUGGAGGAAAAAGAAUGGUGCAGCUCUACAUGUAAUUCAUACUACAUUGUCGGUAGAAAUUUUUGUUCAAAUAAAGAAAUCAGUUCAGCAAAAGUUGUUUGGAAUAAAUUAGCCAAAAUGCAUCAACAGGGGCAAUCUAAAUCGGAACCAGAAAUUGGUGUGGAGGGAUCAGAUGGAAAAGAAGAUGAGAUAACUGAAAUGAUUCAUUGUGAGGGGUUAGAUGGGGAAGAAGAUGUGAUAACUGAGGAUUUUCGCAUUGUGGAAUUGGGAAAGAGCAUUCGCAAAGGAGAUUGGAAUGCUGUUAAGCAGUUUUUUGUUUUUGACAAGCAUCCACUAGAUACAAUAAUUGAAGGCUACACUGCUCUUCAUUUUGCAAUACUGGCCGGGAAAUAUGAGAUUGCCGAGGAGUUGAUAAUGAUGAUGUCGGAAACAGAUCUGGAAAGAAAGACUGCGUGGAACGUUGGUGGUCACACUGCUCUUACCUUGGUUGCAACGACGGGAAUAACACACUUGGCAAGAUGUUUGGUCGGAAGGAACCGCAGUUUACUUAGAAUUGGAAAUGAUCAAGGCCAUAUCCCAGUGACUGCUGCAUGUGCUGUGGGCCACAAGGAGAUGACAUACUACCUUUAUUCUGUCACCCCACCCGAAGUCUUCCUACCACAAAAUGGCAGACAUGGAUCCGAUCUCAUGUGGGCGGGCAUAGAUAACAAAAUUUUCGUUAAAGAAAUUUAUGAUUUGAAGUUGACGCAUCUACGUGUCCGUGAGAUUCUUCGAUUUAUGUGUGACUAUAUUUCAACAUUAAAAGUUAAAUCUCUUUUGAAUUGUGGAGUGGUUGACGCGAUGUUUGAAGCUACCAAGCAGGGCAUUGUUGAAUUCGUCGUUGAGCUAUUGAAAGUAAGCCAACCAUUCAUUUUCCGUGAUAAUGAUGGCAGACACGUUUUCAUGAUAGCAAUCGAAUAUCGUCAAGAAAACAUUUUCAGCCUCCUAUAUGGCAUUCAUGGGGGAUGGAAAGCCUAUAUUCUUAAUCAGACAGAUGGAGACGGGAAUAAUAUGUUACAUCUGGCAGGGGAGCUAGCUCCUUCCUCUCAACUUGACCGAUUCUCCAGCCCUGCAUUGCAGAUGCAAACAGAACUACAAUGGUUUAAGGAGGUGGAAAGAAUUGUUCCAGAAUGGUGCAAAGAAUCUAAAAAUAAGAAUGGUCAAACCCCUUACGAAUUACUUUCAAGGAGCCAUGCGGAAUUAGUGAGAGCGUGCGAAAGAUGGAUCGGGGACGCAGCAAGUUCUUUUACUCUUGUUAGUACUCUAAUUAUGACGAUCACGUUUGCUGCAGUCAUCACUCUUCCAGGCGGCAAUGCUCAAGAUGGGUUUCCCAAUUUUUUGCAGAAAAGAUCAUUUAUGACGUUUAUAGUAUCUGAUGCGAUUUCCUUCAUUACUGCAUUAACUUCGGUCUUAGUGUUUUGGAGAUUCCUAUUAUCGCCCGUCUCCCACGGAGAUGGUAGCGUGUUCUCAUCCAAGAAGUUGAUCAUUCUCCUCUCCAUUAGUCUUAUUUCUGCUGCAGCAAUGACGGUUAGCUUUUCUGCUGCUCUUUUGAUUAUACUACAACAUCGACGGUGGGCAAUCAUUCCCAUAAUUGUGAUGGCUUGCAUUCCAGUUCUAUUUUUUGUAUGGUUGCAGUUUCCCUUCCUUGUUGAAAUGUAUCUUUUGACAUUUGCUAGGGGAGUAUCUUUUGACAGAAAAAUGAAGCCUUGGCUGUAGUGGAGCGCAAGUUGAUUGAUUUUUUUUGGAACAUAAGUGAGCAGCUUCCCCUUCAAAGUUGAAAUUCCUUUGCUUGUUCUUUGGUUAAGUUAGCUGGAACUUCUAAUUUUCCUGUUCUAUUUGGUUGGAUUAUCAGAUUUUUUGCUUUUUAAUUAUGAGAGUGUGGUCUAUGUACCUUCCCAUUGAGUAAAAACAAUAUUAAUCA